AUGGAUACAGUUGGAAUUUUGGUAUGCUACAAUGGAAGUUGGGUUAAGAAGGAUAUCAUUGAGAGUUAUGAAGGUGGGGAGGCUAAAGGCAUAAUAGUGUCACGGAACGUAACGUUUUCCGAACUUGUUGAACGCAUUUAUAAGAUCAUGGAUGCAGAGCCCACGAAAUAUAGUGUCACAUUGAAGUAUUCAGUUCCUGUAUUCGCAUCUGUCAGUAAGCAGAUAAGGGUUGAAGACAAUGAUGAUGUUCAAUAUUUUCUCAAGUACAACACAGAUGUUAUGGCCUCUAAAGUAACCCCUUUAGUAGCAAGCUUGAAAAACAUCGAAGGGCAUGGUAUUGAAGGGUGCAAUGGCAUUGUAAGCGUGGAGAGUAGCAAUGCUCCAGCUACCUUUGUUGUGGAACGAAGAAAUGUGGCAAUUUCGCACAAUGAAACUGAAAAUGGUGGGAAUGGUUUUAAUUGGAGUGAUUGGGUUGAAGAAGUUCAUUUUGAAAGCGGUGAAAACAUAGUUGCUGAUUUCAAUCAACCUAGCAAUGAAGAGGAACCAUACUCUGCACCAAUUGUGCAUCCUCAUGAGGACAGCGGUGCGGAACCCUCCACUGUGCAGUGUAGACAGGUGCAAUCUGAACCUCCCCGGCAAUCAAGUUCGAGUGAAAUGCAUACAAUUCGGGUUGAUUCGAAGCAUGGUGAGAGUGUGGAAUAUAUUGGUUAUGGGGGAGGACUUUCGUGCAUAAAUUGGGAAGCAAAUUUGAAGGUGCCUUGCCCUUGGAAACUUCGGGCAUAUAAAGUUGGAUUACAUGAGUUUAAGGUUGUUAAAUACGAUCCACUUCAUGAAUGUGAUCUGAGGUUUGUAAGUAGUCACCAUCCUCAAGCUACGGCCGAAUUGGUGUCUGACUGUGUUAAAUGGAGAUUUCAGGAUUCGCGCAGCAUUUAUACUGCAGCUGAUAUAAAGACAGAUGUGAAAAAAAAAAAAUUUGGUGUCAGCAUAAGCUACUCUACAGCUUGGAGAAGCCGAGAGUUAGCUUUCAAAACAAUGAGAGGGUCUGCAGAAGAGUCGUAUUCCCUUCUCCCUUCCUAUUGUUAUGAGUUGGAGCGUACAAAUCCGGGAACUUUGACAUACAUUGAGAUUGAUGCAGCCGACCACUUCUUAUAUUUUUUUAUGUCCAUUGGUGCAUGCAUACGAGGAUUUAAGUCGUCAAUGCGGCCCGUGAUUGCUGUUGAUGCUACCCAUUUGAAGUGCAAGGAUAAAGGUGUUUUGUUUGUUGCGACCGCAUUUGACGGAAAUCGCAACAUAUAUCCUGUUGCCUUUGGGAUUGGAGAUUUGGAGACGGAUGCAGCAUGGGAGUGGUUUUUGAGAAAAUUACAUUGUGCAAUUGGUGAUUGCUCGAAUCUUGUUGUCAUAUCUGAUCGCAAUGUUAGCAUACAACAUGGGUUGCGCAGAGUUUUUCCUGGGGCAAGCCAUGGUAUUUGCUUUUAUCACUUGAAGGGCAAUAUGAAAGCCUCAUUUCACUUGAAGCAACGGGAUCCGAUAUUGGGGUAUUUUAUAAGGGCAGCGAAGUCUUAUCGUCUAGCGGAGUUCAAUCGUCACUUCUCGAUGAUAAACAAUGAGCGAGUGCGAAAUUAUCUACUACGUGCAGGCGUUGAGAAGUGGUCACGGGCCCACUGUGAUGGACGACGCUAUAAUGUGAUGACAACGAAUAUUGUGGAGUCCAUUAAUUCAGUUCUUCGUUUUGCAAGGAUGCUUCCGGUCCUACACUUGAUCGAUGAAAUCACAAAUUUACUUCUCACUUGGUUUAGUCAACGUCGAGAUUUAGCAAUGAAAUGUCAUUCUACAUUGUUCCCUGAUUUGGGUGAACAGAAGUUAAGGAAGAGGUUAGACGCUGCGUCAAGGAUGAAUGUGGUCAAAAUCAAUGAUGUUGAGUAUAAUGUUCUGGAUGGUGAUUUGAACGGUCUGGUGCACUUGGCAAAACGUAGUUGUACGUGCAGGAAGUUUGACUUGGAGCAACUCCCGUGCAAGCAUGCUAUUGCGGUAUGUCGGCACUUGAAUUUGAACCCCUACUCCUUUGCCUCUUCUUAUUAUACACGAGCUACAUGGGCAGCUGCAUAUGCUGAAUCUAUUUAUCCUGUACCACCUAAAGGCACAUGGGUUAUUCCCGAACAUUUGAACAAUGUCAAAAUCCUUCCUCCUGUUUUUGUUCAGUUUGUACCUCACUUGUCAUCGACUGUGAAGUUCAUGAAUAGGUUCGGUGAUGCUGCAGGGAUGGAAGUCCGUCAAUUAAACGGUCAUGUGAAGCAUAUGGAACAAG